GACACUUCCGGGAGCGAGGCGUGUGCGUUUGUGGCGCUGCUGUGUCCUGCGGAAAGCUGAGCCGGCCAGGAGAGUGAGGCAGACAUAAGUGAGUACAAAUUAUUUUUGUAUCCUGCACUUUAUAAAGAUGAAGAAGAAAAACAGAGGACAUAGUGAGAGCCUUGAAAGCAACAAAGAGGAAUGUAUGCAGAGUGUGGAAGUUUGCCCUCAUUCUCCUUUGCUCUUUGAAGAUCAGUCUUCCCAGGACAUUGACGUUCACAAAAAGAAAUCGAAAAAAAAGAAAAUUAAGCAAGAGAAACAAGACUCUUGGCUAGAUAAUUCUUAUAUUGGUGGGAAGUGUGAAAUUAAUAAUGAAACUGUAACAAAUGCUUCCAAAAAGAAAAUGAAAAAAGAGAAACGGAAACACAGUGCUAGUGAGCAGGAGGAAAAUAUACUCUGUCUCGAUGUGAACCAAGAGAUGGACACAACUUUGGAGAGCGUUGAUUGUAUUUAUGUAAAUACAUCUGCUAAGAAGAAAAAAAGAAAAAAGAAUUUGUCAGAAGAGCAGGAUGAGGUAAACAAACUGCCUGGGUUGUAUGCAUUUGGAAAUGAUUGCAGAAGCCAAAAAAAGAGAAAACAGACCAGCCCCUGUGUUACACAAGAAGCCAGAGAUGAAACCUUUGCAUCAUCGUUUUUGUCAUAUUCAGAACAAAAUUCUACAUCCUCUCAAGAAAGGAAUGAUGAUGUUAUGAUGUCAGGGUCAUCUACUAAAAUGAGCAGCCCAGUAGUGCCCAAAAAACACCACAAAACCCAUAAACAUAGAAAAUCCUCCAAAGAAGACAAGACUGGUAUGACAAAGAUUUCUUCAGUAUUUGAUGAAAAUCCUCUGGAUGCUGACGUUUCUAAGAUUACUUCAGAGGGUAAUAAUGGCUGUUCUGAAGAAACCAUGGUACCAGUUAGAAAUACUGAUUUCCCUUUCCAAUCACACUCUGAACAAACAACCUCAGAAGCUAAGAGAACGUUACCAGAGUCUGUAGCAUCUGAAACUGAGGAAGACCAGGAUGUUGGAUUUACAGAAUCGGAAAACUCUAUGGUGUUGAAUAAUGAAGGGUUGCUUGAAAGUUCCGUGUAUUCAGCAAUGGAUUUGGAGACUGUCAAAAGGAAACUGGAGGAGUUUAUUCCUCAAGUGUGGACAAUGUCAGAAACAUCAGUCCUAAAGAUGGCUGGGAGAGACCUGAUCAGGUUUAAAAAGUUUAAAGAACAAGGGAUGCCUAUUAAGUUUGGCAGGUUUUCUCAGAAGGAAAAUACUCAAAUACAGAAGAAUGUUGAAGACUUUUUAUCACUUACAGAAAUAGAGAAUGCAGAGAAACUAUUAUUUACCUACCGGUACCCAGAAGAGCGAGAAGCCAUCACCAGAUUGAAAACAAAAUAUGCUUUUGGUAUGAAGAUUGCUGAGGGGAUUCCACGGCCCUGGAAACAGGUAUAUUUUCGAGCAAGAAAGAUGUUUGACCCAAACAACUAUAAAGGGAGGUAUUCUGAGGCUGAAAAAGAAAAAUUAAAGAAGUAUCAUGCUAUACAUGGCAACAACUGGAAGAAAAUUUCUGAGAUGAUGUCCCGCAGUACCCACUCGGUUGCUAUGAAGUAUUCUCAGAUUAAGUCCCAGGUUAAUUCUGGUCCUUGGAGUAAGGAGGAGACACAGAAGCUAGUUCAAGCAGUGAAGGAGACCAUUCAGAAGAGGGCUGAUCUGGAAGACAUAAAAUUAUUGCUACAGGCAGAGAACUCAGAGGGAACUCUCUCAGUUGAACGUGAAAAACUGUACAAGAACAUAUCUUGGACCGAGAUAGAAGCUAAAGUGGGAACCAGAUAUUGGAGACAGUGUAAACAGAAAUGGAUUUCAAUUGUAACAAAGAAAAUGUCCAAUGGGCAGAAGGUAUAUGGUGGGACUAAAGGUUUACAUGCCAAAAUCGAUCUUAUUAAAAGAUUGUAUGAAAUGAAGGUGGAAGAUGCUAAUGAAGUGAACUGGGAAGAGCUCUGUGAGAUAAUUGGAGAUGUCCCUGAAGCCUAUGUUCAAGCCAAAUUUUACAAGUUAAAAGCUACCCGUGUCCCUUCUUGGCAAACAAAGACUUUUCCCGAAAUAAUCGAUUAUCUUUAUGAAGAGACACUUCCAUUGCUUGAGAAAAGAUUAGAAAAAAGGCAGAAGAGGUCUCAGAGUUGUGACAGGUUGCCUUCCAGCUGUGAGAGAAAAGUUUUCCAGUUCAGCGAUAUCUUUGACAACAGUGAAGAUGAUGCUGAUGACAAUGACUGAUUAUCCUCCAAAAUGCUCCCUCUUUGCACACCCCCAAAAUGAAAAAUGGAUUUUGAUUAAACUGGGUUUAAAUCAGAAACUGAAAUAAUGGGAAGAAUGAAGACACGCAAGCCUGCUUCUAUUGUUUUGUAUUGAAAAGAGAAGUAAAUAUAGAUUAUUUUUUGCAGUAUCUUUUGUUAUUAGAGACAUUUAACUUCAUCUUCAGAUUGUUUGAGGAAGCUAGAGGUCACUGUGUAUUGGACUUGUGGAAACACUGAAAAACAAUAUUUUUUUCUUUAUACUUCAUUCAGUACAACUUUACUAAAAGUCCUGGGUAAGCCUGUCUGAGUGAAUUUAGAUUUUCAGCAUUCUAAUGUCAAAUUAUGACCUUUUUU